UAUAAACUGACAGCUGAAAGAAAUCACAGAUUAAGCCAGCUGCUGACAAUGGCUGGCCCAAAGACUCUCUUAGUGUUGGAGAACUUCAUAAAUGGUAAAUUUGUCCCUUGUCCCUCCUACAUAGACUCUUAUGAUCCAUCCACAGGAGACGUGUAUUGCAGAGUACCAGACAGUGGCAAAGAAGAGGUAGAAGUUGCAGUCACCGCUGCCAGAGAUGCAUUUCUAGGCUGGUCCUCCAAAAGCCCUCAGGAAAGAUCUCAGAUAAUGAACAAGUUAGCGGACCUGAUAGAGCAUGACCUGGAGGCAUUUGCACAAGCAGAAUCAAAAGAUCAAGGAAAAACAAUUACAUUCGCUAGAACAGUGGACAUCCCACGGGCAGCAUACAACUUCCGGUUCUUUGCAUCUUCUGUCCUUCACCAUACCACAGAAUGCACUCAGAUGGACCACAUGGACUGUAUGCAUUACACCAUGAGAACUCCAGUAGGCAUUGCUGGUUUAAUAAGUCCUUGGAAUUUGCCACUUUACUUGCUCACCUGGAAAAUAGCCCCAGCCAUAGCAUCUGGAAACACUGUCAUCGCCAAGCCCAGUGAGAUGACAUCUGUCACUGCUUGGAUGAUGUGCAAACUUCUGGGUAGAGCAGGAAUCCCACCAGGAGUGGUGAAUAUUGUGUUUGGAACUGGCCCCAAAGCUGGGAGGGCUAUUGUCUCGCAUCCUGACGUGCCACUGAUCUCCUUCACUGGAAGCACGCUCACGGCCCAGCACAUCAGGGAGAGGAGUGCCCCACACUGCAAAAAGCUCUCUCUGGAACUGGGAGGCAAGAACCCUGCAAUCAUCUUUGAGGAUGCUAAUCUGGACCAAUGCAUCCCUACCACUGUGAGAUCCAGCUUUGCAAAUCAGGGUGAAAUCUGUCUUUGCACCAGCAGGAUCUUUGUUCAGAGGAGCAUUUAUAAUGAGUUUUUGAAGAGGUUUGUAGAAGAAGCCAGAAAGUGGAAGGUUGGGAGCCCCUCAGAUCCCACAUCCAGUAUGGGGGCACUGAUAAGUAAAGAACAUUUAGAAAAGGUAAAGAAUUAUGUGAAGAAGGCUCGAGCUGAAGGGGCUAGAAUUCUCUGUGGAGAAGGAGUGGAUUCUUUGGUUCUUCCAACUGGAAAUCAGAAUGGCUAUUUCAUGCUGCCUACAGUCAUUGCUGAAGUCAAGGAUGAAUCCUGCUGCAUGCAAGAAGAGAUCUUUGGUCCCGUGACGUGUGUGGUACUGUUUGAUACGGAAGAGGAAGUGAUUAAAAGAGCCAAUGGUGUCAAGUAUGGCCUGGCAGCCACGAUAUGGUCAAGUGAUGUGGGGCGUGUUCAUCGUGUGGCGAAGAGACUGCAAGCUGGCCUGGUGUGGACCAACUGCUGGCUAGUCAGGGAACUGAACUUGCCAUUUGGUGGGAUGAAAGCCUCAGGGAUAGGCAGGGAGGGAGCAAAGGAGUCUUAUGAGUUUUUCACUGAGGUCAAAACCAUUACAAUAAAACACUGAAAUUUGCCCAUAAAGUAUUUUAUGGCAAAAUAAACAACCGACAUUUGUGCUUACAAAUGUCUCUGGGAUAUACCAAGAGAUCAUGGCCUGCUUAUAAUUAAUUUUUAUAGAAAUCCAUUCAUUGAUAAAUACCAACUAAAGCUUAAGCUGCUCGGCCCCACAACUGGCAGCAGAGAAAGUAGAUUCUGGAUCCUACCCAAGCCACAAACCUGAUUCGCAGGGCUCAAGGAGAUCUUGAGGAUUCCAAAGUUAAUUCACCAUCUCUUUCUCAAGCUGGUCCAGUAAAAGGAAUUACCUCACACAUCUUCUCUCUCUCAUAUCUUGGGACAUAGAUGGCUGCAACAACACUGCCAAUAAAUGUCCCCAAAAAAGGCCGAUUAGAGACAGGGUGAUAAAUAACGAUGGUUGUGGUCAACAAAUCACCUUGAGUGACAAAGACACAAGCGAGUUAUGAUGUUAUGUUCUAAUAGGAAUAAACACAUUUCCUCUCUAAA